UGCAAAGCUGCUUCGACUAAAGCUAGUCCUCUUUACAUUUUUAUAUGCAUACCUUUACCUUCAAGCUUCAGUUUAUUUAUUGCAGGCAGGCGCAAUGUGGUUACUGAUCUAUUUGAAGUAGACUUUAGGGAAACAUUAAUUCAUUCUAAGUGUUUUGGCUGGCCAACAUCUCACCACCAUGGAGGAAGUCGACAAAAUUAUUCUCAACUCUUUGAAGGAAAUAAAUUGUGAACUAGAAGAAGAUGUCAAGCUGUUGAGACAUUUAUCAAGUGAAAAUAUUAUUGCUGGUUUUGCGAAAUGCUUGAAUCUGAUCAACCCACCAUUAAACUUAUCGACGCAGUUACCCCCUUCCAUGUCCGAGCGUUUUAAAUUGGGAGCCUCGAUAGCGAAUGCCAUCAAGGAACUUGGAUACAAAGAUGAGAUAGGCUACCAGACCCUCUUGUACUCAAAUGAAAUUGAAAUCAGACGUUUGUUCACCUUCGUAAUUGAAAAACUGCCAAGAGAAAAAGAAUCUAACGUUGAUGGAGGAAGGAUAUCCACAUUCCAACAAGAUAUUAGCAAUGCGGUGAAAUUAUCUCUUGGGGGCGCGAAACCUUGUUUGCAUCACAGGGUACCCUUUCUCAGCGUUCCUCUAGAGACUGGAGUUUCCCUGCCAGGAGUGAAGAGGGAUGUUUCUCCUCAAGAUUGGUGCAAAUAUUGUUCCGAACAGUUGCCUUUCCUGCAUGAACAGACAGAUUACCGACACUUGCUGCCAUCUGUAAUCACACUAAAUUCUCGGGGUAUUUUGUGUCCGAGUCAACUUGGUAAUAAAAUCAAAGCAUUCCCUGCUAACGCUCAAGAAGAUUCAACUAAAUCAGCUUUACUCAAGCAGUUAGAAGAUUUGAAAUUAUCAAAUGAAAUUGGGAAAGCUGUUAAAUCUGAUAUUGGAGCAAGUGUCAAUGAGAAAGCUGACCAAGAAAAAACUGAAGAAGAGAAGAUAAUUUCUCAGCUGGAAGCAGAAAUCCUUGAACUGACAAGCAGAAAAGAAUCAUAUGAGGAAAAAUUGUCUCAAGUAAAUGAUUUAAUAAUUCAAAAUAAACAGCAAUAUGACAAUAAUCUACGAGAAGAUCGCGUCAGAUUAUUGUUAACGCAAGGUGAUGAAGGUCACAGGAAACUAGUUCAAGUAGCAGAAGAAGCUGGCAAAAAAUUAGUCCGUUUAAAUGAGCAAUGGGAACAACAUCGAUCAACAUUAAUGGAACAGUAUCAGGCAGCACAAAGUUUUAUUAAAUCAAAAUCGAACGUUAGCAAUGAACAGAUGGAGGUAGUUCAAGAAACACGUAACACCUUGAGAAGUUUGCAGGAGCAAUUGAAGAAGAAACAAGCUGUUCAGUUGAAACUUGAAGCAGAAGUUGCAAAUCUGAUUAAAAAUCCGAAGCCAUUAAGAUCAGCAUACACUCAGAGAAUCAUGGAAAUCAUCUCCAAUAUUCGGAAACAGACAAAUGAAAUCAAUAAGAUAAUUACAGAUACCAAAGAAAUGCAGAGGGAUGUUAACUCCGUUACAGGUCGUCUUGAAAGGGUGUUUUCCGUCGCUGAUGACUUAAUAUUCCAGGCAGCAAAGAAAGAUGAAGGAGCAAAAAGGGUGUACAAAUCCCUGGUCGCACUACAUUCCGACUGCCAGUACUUGGUUAAUUUAGUUGAGGAGACUUGUUCCCUCAUGAUAGAAUCAAGGGAUCUGGAAGAACAAAUAUGUACUGAGAAUACCAAAAAUACCAGUGAGAAUCUUACACUUGUCCUGCAAGAUUUGCAAAUAAUAAAAGAGGAAAAAAGGAAGAUGCGAGGAAAGAAGGGAAGUUGAUAAAGAUCUUGCCACAGCUCAAGUUUCUUCAAUCCACUCCCUGGCUCCCUCAAGUUUUCCUGCAUCUAAGUGUUUUGCCAUCAGUCAGUCGUUACCUGCAAUUUCAACAUCUAUCACCCAAUCUGAAGAAUCUCAUAUCUGAAGCAUCGAACCAGCCCUAUUUUCAAAA